AUGACAGAAGGCGUUUCACAGAGUGGAUCUAUAGAUAUACCGCCUGGGAGUGGAGUUGAUAAACAAGAGAAAAAUGAUAUCAACGGACAGUCUAUUCCUCCUAAUCCUGAUGUGGACGAGGAAGAAGAAACAAACUUAGUCGAAACUGAAGACAAACUGCCUAAAGUUGAGAUCGAAGACGAGGUAUCAAUAAACAAAGACUCGAUUUUAAAUGAAGGAAGUUCAGAGGAAAGUGCUAAAGAGCCACUGGAAGAACAAGUGGAAGAAGCAAAAGAAAACGGGGAUUCUAAUGUCAGAUCUGAAGCCAUUUCCAAUGGCCAUGUUCAAGAACAGGUAGACAUUGAUUCUGCAGCAAUUGAAACUUCAAUUGAGCCAGCUGCAACCGAAGAUCAUGAAUCUGGUACGAUAACUGCCGUGGUAGAAGAUGUGACUCAAGAGCAAGAAGAACAAGAUAAAGUAGCUAAAGUAGACCCAUUAUCUGCAAAGCACAAUGGUCACUUCCUUGUUUCUUCUUUAACUUCAAUACUUGACCAUAAAGAAUCUAAGAAAAAUGCCGAACUUAAAGGUGCUGCUCAAAAGGCUCUUGAUUCUCUCAACAGUUCUAAACCUGACGCUCAUGUUCUUUUCGAAGUACUUAAGCUCUCGUGUGAAACAACGAGUAACACUCUCAAGGCUAAGGCUGUGGACGUUUUUGCGAAGGCCUUUGAAUAUGGAAUUUUUGAAGGUGAACCAGAUAUAGUGGAGAUUACUGAUGCCUCAGUCGAAGUGAUUUCAUCCUGUUUUGAAGGAGAAGGAACUGAUCCGUUGGUGGAAACACAGGUCCUCCGUGCACUUACAAAUAGUAUCUUAAUUAUGCCCUGUCACGGUGCUUCACUUCUUAAGGCUGUAAGACAAGUUUAUAAUAUCUUUAUCUUUUCACUCACAUCUGAUAACCAAUUAAUUGCACAGGGGACACUUAAUCAGGUAAUCAAUGCAAUUUUCAGUCGCAUUUAUGAUUCGCCAUUUUUUAAGAAACUGCAAUCUCAACACAAAAGUGCAUACCCAACUCUGAGUACCAGUACUCCAACUUCGAAUUUGAGAUCUACUACGUCUCUUGAUGGAUCAGAAAAGUUAACUUUACAAAAUUUAGAGAAACUUCAUGAUUCAGCAAACGAUGACGAGAGAGUUAAUGAGGCACAACAGGCAAGUGAAAAGGAUGAAGAUUUGGUGGUUAAAGAUGCAUUUUUGAUCUUCAGAGCUAUGUGCAAAUUAUCAGUUAAAUCAUUGGAAUCUGAAAGUCUUGAUAUGAGAUCUCAUUCUGUAAGAUCAAAACUAUUAUCGCUCCACAUUAUUCACACCAUACUUAAGGAUCAUAUUGAGAUAUUCUUGAGUCAUGAUGUGGUGAUAUUAUCAUCGUCUGCAAAUGAGAGUAAUACACGUUUGAUCAACGCUGUUAGACAAUAUUUAUGUUUGUCACUUUCUAGAAAUGCAGCUUCUCCAUUAGCUCCAGUUUUCGAACUUUCGUUAGAGAUUUUUUGGUUAAUCAUUUCUAAUUUAAGAUCUGACUUCAAAAGAGAAAUUCCAUUGUUCUGGGAUGAAAUUUACUUGCCGGUUGCAGAAAUGAAAACUUCUACCCCACAUCAAAAGAGAUAUCUUUUAUCAAUUAUUGAGAAGUUAUGUAAUGAUUCAAGAUGUAUCAUUGAGUUUUAUCUUAAUUAUGAUUGUGACAGUUCAAUGCCAAAUAUCUGUGAAAAGAUCAUAGACUAUUUAACGAAGCUUUCAUUAAUUCGUGUCGAUGUUACUCAACAACAAAAGUUGGCAUACAGAGAAAACAAGAAACAUGGAAUCAGUGUAUAUGAUAUUGGAAAGACUGCUAAUUUAGCUAGUGGGAAGAUGUCUUCGAAGCCACCUGAACCGGAAGUGUACCACCAUUUUCCAUUGGAAUAUGCUUUAAGAAUGGAGUCUAUUGGAUGUUCAGUUGCAUUUUUAAAAUCAUUAUACUCAUGGGCCCAAAAGGGAAUUACUGGAAACAACAAAAUCUUGUCUUCUUCCUUGGUUGAAGCAGGGAAUGGAUCGAACGUUUCUCUUAAUAUGAAUAAUGGUGGUCCAACAAGUAGAGAUAGAUCGGGUACUGUAGACUCUAACAACUCAACUAACUUGAAUUCAAGAUCAGCAUCUUUUAUUGGUGGUACAACUACGGACUCAAAUGAAACUGAUGAUCCCGAACAAUUUGAAACUUUGAAGCAAAGAAAGAGGGCAUUUUUAGAAGGAAUUAAACAAUUUAACCACAAACCUAAAAAGGGUAUCGCAUACUUUUUGGAGCAAGGUUUCAUAAAAUCUAAUGACCCUCGUGACAUUGCAUUAUUUUUGCUUGAAACUGACACUUUGGAUAAAGCAUCAGUUGGUGAGUAUUUGGGAGAAGGACACGAAGAAAAUGUUGCCAUAAUGCAUGCAUUUGUAGAUGAAAUGGACUUCACGAACUUGCCAUUUGUUGAUGCCCUUCGAAAGUUUUUACAAUCGUUCAGAUUGCCCGGUGAAGCUCAGAAAAUUGACAGGUUCAUGUUGAAGUUUGCUGAACGUUAUCUUUUAGGCAACCCAACUGUAUUUUCCCACGCUGACGCUCCGUACAUUUUAGCAUACUCGGUUAUUAUGCUUAACACUGAUCAACACUCUCCUCAAGUAAAGAAUAGAAUGACAAUUGAUAACUUUGUGAUGAAUAAUGUUGGAAUUGAUGAUGGAAAGAGUUUGCCCCGUGAAUUUUUACAAGAAAUUUUUGAUGAAAUUCAAACCAAUGAAAUCAAAUUACAAUCUGAACAGCAUGCGGCUUUAUUAGCAGGUGACUUGAAUAAUGUGCCAAACUCAACAUCAUCUGGAUUUUUUGGAGGUCGUGACUUGAACCGUGAGGCAUACAUCCAUGCGUCGAAAGAAAUGUCAACAAAGACAGAAAAAUUGGUCCGGAAUUUGGGUAAAAAAUUGAAAGGCGGUGCUGAAGAUACUUCAAGUGCAGUGUUCUAUGUCGCAUCACAUGUUCAUCAUGUCAAAUCCAUUUUUGACACUCUUUGGAUGUCAAUUUUAGCAGGCUUAACACCUCCAUUCAAAGAAUACGAUGAUGUUGACACUGCUCAAUUGUGCCUUGAAGGUAUUAAGCUCUCUAUUCGUAUAUCUUGUAUGUUCGAGUUGGACUAUGCUAGAACGUCAUUCAUUAGAGCUUUGGUUCAAUUUUCAAAUUUAAACAAUUUCGAAGAAAUGAAGCCAAAGAACGUUGAUGCCAUUUACAUCAUGUUAGAUUUAGCAGUAACCGAGUCGGAUCACUUGAAAGGUUCUUGGAUUCAAAUAUUAACUUCAAUUUCUCAAUUAGAACGAUUGCAGUUAAUCGCCCAAGGAGUUGAUCAAUACUCAAUUCCAGAUGUUUCGAUUGCCAAAAUGGCAAAUCGUGGAUCAAUUGAAAGCAGUUCUACUAGAUUAUCAACUUCAACGGGUGGUUUCUUUAGCCUGUUUACUUCACUGCCCACUGCAUCUCAGGCUGCAUCCAACAAAUUUCAUAACCAACACUUGACCAAUCAAGCUGCUCAACUUCUUACUCAAACAGAAUUGGAAGUGGCAAUGGAUAAGGUAUUCACUAAUAGUGCUAAUAUGUCAAGAGAUAGUAUUGCAGAAUUUGUUAAAGCGUUAUCACAAGUAUCAAAUGAAGAGAUCGAAUCAUCUGGACAAAGUGCCAAUCCAAGAAUGUUUUCCUUACAAAAGUUUGUUGAUAUUUGCUACUAUAAUAUGAGUCGUAUUCGUCUUGAGUGGUCGCAACUUUGGGCUAUCAUGGGUGAAACAUUCAAGAAGGUCGGUAGUCACUCCAAUCCAGUUAUUGCCUUUUUUGCCUUGGAUUCUUUGAGACAAUUAUCUAUGAGAUUCUUUGAGAUUGAAGAAUUAUCACAUUUUAAAUUUCAAAAGGAAUUUUUGAAACCAUUCGAAUAUAUUAUGCUUCAUAAUGAAUCGUUAGAAGUCAAGGAUAUGGUUUUGGAAUGCCUUAACAAUAUGAUUUUGGCAAAAGCAAGUAAAAUUAAAUCUGGUUGGAAAACUAUAUUUGGGGCAUUGAUAUCGGCGGCAAAAGAGAACAAGGAAAGCCUUGUGCAGAAAAGUUUUAAGAUGGCCAACUGGAUUAAUAAGGAAUACUUAGAUGUUGUUAGUUCCCAAGAAUCAUUCUCGGAUUUAGUAGUAUGCUUUACUGAAUUGGCAAAGAAUGAGAGAUUCCAGAAGGUAAGUUUAUUAUCUUUGGAGGUACUUCUGAAGUUGAUCAAACAAAUCGCAAGCAUUAGUUUGAAUAAAUAUGAUAAGCUAGUGGUUAAUUCAGACUCCGAUGAAAUCCAAGAUAAAAGUGAAAGCCUUGUUAAAUUGUGGUUCCCAGUGCUUUUUGGAUUCCAUGAUAUAAUCAUGACAGGUGGAGAGCUUGAAGUUAGAUCCAGGGCAUUAAACUACCUUUUCCAGGUGUUGUUGGAAUAUGGUGAUCAUUUUGAAUAUGAUUUUUGGGACCUUGUGUGUCAUGAAUUAUUAUUUCCUAUCUUUUCCGUGUUAAGUAAUAAGUGGGAGUUGAACAAUGUGGAUGACAAUGAUAAGCUCUCUGUUUGGCUUUCAACGACUUUGAUUCAAGCAUUAAGAAAUAUGAUAUCUUUAUUCACCCAUUACUUUGAUGCAUUGAGUCGUUUAUUAAAUGGAUACUUGACAUUAUUAAUACUGUGCAUUUGUCAAGAAAACGAUACCAUAGCUAGAAUUGGUAGAUCUUGCUUGCAUUCACUUUUAAUUGAUAAUGCUACAAAAUUUGACGAUAAACAAUGGGAACAGAUAUCGGAUGCAUUUUCUAAUUUGUUUGAAUUGACAACUGCACGUGAAUUGUUUACAUCCGAUCCAUUGAAAGAAGCUCAAAAAAUUCAAGGUGAAUAUGAAAAUGGAGAUGUUGAAUCUACUCUUGAAUUAUCUCCGCUGUCUCCAACGACUCCAUCGACUCAAACUGUUUUCAGUGACACGGAAGCUCGGUUGAAAAAGUCCAAGGAAAAGUCGACUAUUGUAGUGAAAUGUGUACUUCAAUUGUUAAUGAUUGAAACUUUAUCUGAAUUAUUUGAAAAUGAGGACUUUUAUGAGGCACUCCCGUAUAAAUAUUCGAUGAAAAUGUCAAAAUUGUUAGAAGACAGUUACAAUUUUGCUCGUAAAUUUAAUGAUGACUACGAUCUAAGAGUAAGAUUAUGGAAUGCUGGUGUUAUCGAAAGGUUACCAAAUUUGUUGAAGCAAGAGUCAAGCUCGUCGGCCGUCUUCAUUAACAUUAUGUUCAGAAUGUACUGUGAUGACGAUAAGACGAAAAAUGAAGAGAAACGGAUAAUUAUCCAUACUAUUAUUCCCUUGUGUAACUCAAUCACUUCAAGAUAUGCUGAUUUCGAUGAAACUAAUCAGCAGAGAAAUAUUGCUACAUGGAAACCUGUAAUCGUCGAGAUAUUCCAAGGUUACGUUGAGCUAGAUGACGACCAUUUUGAGGAAUUUUCCGCCGAUAUGUACAAGUUAACUUUGAGGCUAUUGACCAAAAGUCUGUCACCUGACCUAAAGUUGGCCAUUAAGACAUUUUUGGCUAGAGUUGGAGAUACCUUCAUUUAUCCAAAAGAAUAA